AUGACCGAUAGACUCCGAUACUUGGCGCUGUUACUCGGAAUCCUAUGGAUCCCCCAAUCUCACUCUGUUCAAGUGGCCUCCGCCAAGAACCCGCUUUACAUCGUCCGCCUCCGCUCCGCGCCUCCGCUCACCGCUUAUCGCGGCGGGAUUCCCGGAUACCCCGCGACCGCCGUGUGGGCCGAUGACCCCGACGACGACGGCGACGACAACGGCUCGUCUGACGGGCUUAUCGCCACGUCCGCCAAUGCCGCCGUCGCUGCCGCCGCGACUGCCGCUGAAACUGUCGCCGCGACUGCCGCCGCAACCGCCGCUGCCACCAUCGCUAGCGUUAACGUUUCCAGCGGACCCUUCGCCACCGCAGCGUCCGCUGGCGUCUCCGCGGCCACCGCCGCCGCGGGGGGGAACCAGCGUCCGCGCAUCAACAUGCGCGCGGCGCACGUGACGGCAUUCGCGCAGCUGUUGCAGCGGCAGCAGGCGCAAGUCGCGGCGGAGGCGGAGAUCGCGGCGAGCCAGGUCCUCUACAACUUCCGCCAGACCACCAACGGGUUCGCGGCGCCGCUCACGCCCGCGCAGCUGCGGAGAUUAAGGCGCCACCCGUCCGUCGCGUCUGUUCGCCGCAGCCGCGUGUUCCGCAAGCUGACGACCUCGUCCGCGACGUUCUUGGGAUUGCCGAGCAGCGUGUGGCCCGCCGUGGGCGGGCGGAGCCAGGCGGGCGCGGGGAUGGUGAUUGGAAUCGUGGACACGGGCGUGUGGCCGGAACACGCGUCGUUCAGCGGAGCUGUACGUGGGAGGGGGAAAGAGAUCACGUUGGUGGUGGUGAGAGUGAUGGGAUGGGACCAGCAAGUCUUGCCAGGCUUUAAAGCAGUACGCCCAGCAGGGUGGGCGGGCAAGUGCCAGAGGACGGCGGAAUUCCCAUCGUGCAACAACGAGCUCAUCUUUCCCCUCUUCCCCUUUCCCCCUCUUUCUACCCCACCGCAGGGCUUCAAAGCAGCACGCCCGGCAGGGUGGGCAGGCAAGUGCCAGAAGACGGCGGACUUCCCAUCGUGCAACAACAAGCUCAUAGGCGCGCGCUACUUUGUGGCGGGCUUCCAGAGCGAGAACGGCCGCCCGGACCUCACGUACGACUGGCUGUCUCCCCGUGAUGCUGCUGGUCACGGCACCUGGUCUUCUCCGCCUUUUCCCAUCGCCCCUCUCCCUCCCUCCCCUUCCCCAAGCACUUCAUCCCUCCCCAAUGACCCUGCGGACCCCACCACUUGCCUAUGCCCGCCCACUCCAUGCAGAGCCGCAGCAGGCAACAGCGGCGUGUCAUUCGGCCAAGCAGGCACGGCCUCGGGCAUGGCGCCAGCAGCACGCCUGGCAGUCUACAAGGUCUUCUGGGUCAGCGGUGGCGACCAGUUCGCUACGGAAGCUGACAUCAUCGCGGCCACCAACCAGGCUGUGGCGGACGGGGUGGACGUGCUCUCGCUCUCUCUGGGCGGCAGCAGCGCCGACGCGACUUACUUUGACGAUAUUCCGUUUCUGAAUGCCAACACUGCGGGCGUGUUUGUGGCGUUUGCGGCGGGGAAUUCGGGGAGGCCGAGUGGGAGUAGCGGCUUCAGCACGUAUCGCAAAAUCAGCAACUUCUCUCCUUUCUACCUCACUGUGGGGGCCAGCACCAUUCAACGAGGAGGAGUGUCUCUCGCCAGACGAGCACCGACCAGAAAGGCUGCUUCUGUGGGCAAAGCUACUGUGGCUGCUUCGAACCACUCCAGCUUUCGCUUAGCUGACCCCUCAUGCCUUCCCCAUUCUCCCCCCAUCCUCCCUCCCUUUCCCUCCACCAGCACACCGCAAUCCGUCUCAUCAACAACACCCUCUUCCACCACCAAACCCUCCGCCACACAAAGCAAGCCCACCACAACCGCCACAUCUCCCCGCCGCACCGCCGCUGCCGCCGCCCCCGCCGUCGCCUCCUUCUCCUCCUCCGGCCCUCUCGUCCGUCCCUGGACCGCCUCCCAAGGCGCCCAGGCCACCAACGCCAUCUUAAAGCCUGACAUCAUCGGCCCGGGGGUCGCUCUCUUCUCCGCGUGGGUCGGCUCUGACGUAGGCGACAAAGGGAGCUACGCGCAGCUGUCGGGGACGUCGAUGGCGACGCCUCACUUGGCGGGCAUUGCUGCUCUCAUCAUGCAAAAAUACCCAAAGUGGAGCCCCGCGCAGGUCAUGUCCGCCAUUAUGACGACCGCCAUAACCACCAAUAUGGCUGGUACCGCUAUCAAGAACGCGUAUGGAUCGGCAGGCCCAUUACCGGAAUUUUCUCGCUGGGAUGAGCCCUUCAACGGCUCAGAUGGAGUUUCCCGGGGCUAA